CAUCAUGGAGGUCUGCAUAUUCUUUCUUCAUGCAAUAAUACUUCUCCCAGGUAUUACUGCCAGUGGGCAUCAGGUGAAGUCAUUUUUCAAUCACACUGCAUACCUGUCUUGUUAUUUUACAAACUCUCAGAAAACUGACGUAAAGGAUUUAAGAGUUUUUUGGCAAAAAGGUGCUGCUGAAGUGGUGCAUGAAGUAUACUAUGGCCAGGAAAAACAUGACAACCUUAGUCCUAAAUACAUAAAUCGCACCAAGAUGGAUAUGGACAAAUGGACCUUGCAGUUGUUAAAUGCAGGGAUUAUGGAUGAGGGACAAUAUACAUGUAUUAUACAGCACAGAGACAAAGGAUCACCAAAGGUCAUACACACAUCUGAGUGUUCACUGAGCAUCAUUGCCAACUAUAGUCAACCUGAGAUAACACAGCUACCCACGGGGGAACUAAAGCCCAAAGAAAACUUGAAACUUUCCUGUUCUUCCAGCGGAGGUUAUCCGGAACCCAGGCAGAUGAUUUGGCUAAUUUCAUAUGAAAACACAACAAAUAGGCAUAUACAUCACAUGGAUGUCUCCCAGGAUGCUGUAACAAAGCUGUACAAUGUUACCAGCAAGCUGAAUAUCACAGUUCCUACAAACGUCCUCACUAAUAUUAGCUGCUUACUUCACCUUAGAGAGGAGCCGGGGAGCCUUGUCUCAGCACCACUAGCCAUAGAGAUACAGAGUGAAGAAAUGGAACAAGUGAAGGUAAAUUUCUUUGGCCCACUUAUAGCUGCAAUUAUACUGAUCACAUUUCUUCUGGGUUUUGUGAUAUUGAAGAAGAACAGAAAUAUCUCAUCUACCAGCCAGAGAAAGUGGAGCUGGAGGAAGGAUGAGAUGAGGCUUCUGUCAAAUGCAAGUAUCUCUGUCAUCAGUGAGGUGAAGGAUCCAAGGUGCCAGUCUACCAGUCUAGAAGCUAUCGAGCUUGAGAUGGAGGCCAACAGCCAGAGUGUUGACUGGGAACUAUCUCUGCAUACAGUGAGGCCUGAGGUCCCAUAG